UGACCACAGCAGCGAGGCAGCAGCAGCAGCAGCAGCACACAGGGAGCCCGCUGCCACCUCAACAUGGAGUAGCUGGAGCCGAGCGCCUACUGCCGAAGAGCGGAUUCCUUUGACGGGAAUACCCGGCGCUAUAUAUUUAAUUUAUCUGCCAAGAAAAACACUCGCAAAUGAUACAGCGGCCAUAUUUAGUAGAGUCACAGGGAAGCCCGGCUUUUAUUUGAAAAGAUGGCGAACGACUCUCCAGCUAAAAGUCUGGUAGACAUAGACUUGGCUUCAUUGCGGGAUCCGGCUGGGAUAUUUGAGCUGGUGGAGGUAGUUGGAAAUGGCACCUAUGGACAAGUAUACAAGGGACGACAUGUCAAGACUGGACAGCUGGCUGCCAUCAAAGUCAUGGAUGUCACAGAGGAUGAAGAGGAGGAAAUUAAACUGGAGAUCAAUAUGCUUAAGAAGUACUCCCACCACAGAAACAUAGCCACCUACUACGGUGCUUUCAUUAAGAAGAGUCCCCCGGGACAUGACGACCAGCUCUGGCUGGUGAUGGAGUUUUGUGGUGCUGGUUCGAUCACAGACCUGGUGAAGAACACAAAGGGAAACCAGCUGAAGGAAGACUGGAUUGCCUAUAUUUCCAGAGAGAUUCUUAGAGGUUUGGCCCACUUACACGCCCACCAUGUGAUCCACCGUGACAUCAAAGGCCAGAACGUCCUGCUGACUGAGAACGCCGAAGUGAAGCUGGUGGAUUUCGGUGUGAGCGCCCAGCUGGAUCGGACAGUCGGGAGGAGAAACACAUUCAUCGGGACUCCGUAUUGGAUGGCCCCGGAGGUCAUCGCUUGCGACGAGAACCCAGAUGCCACGUAUGAUUACCGGAGCGAUCUGUGGUCCUGCGGCAUCACCGCAAUCGAGAUGGCGGAGGGCGCGCCGCCGCUUUGCGACAUGCACCCCAUGCGAGCGCUCUUCCUCAUCCCAAGAAACCCUCCUCCGAGGCUCAAAUCCAAAAAAUGGUCCAAGAAGUUUUUCAGCUUCAUCGAGAGCUGUCUAGUGAAGAACUACACGCAGCGGCCUCCGACCGAGCAGCUGCUGAAGCAUCCCUUCAUCCGGGACCAGCCCAACGAGCGGCAGGUCAGGAUCCAGCUCAAAGACCACAUCGACCGCACCAAGAAGAAGAGAGGAGAGAAGGAUGAAACCGAAUACGAGUACAGCGGCAGUGAGGAUGAGGAAGAGGAUCCUCCAGAGCAGGAAGGAGAGCCGAGCUCUAUCGUCAACGUGCCGGGAGAGUCGACUCUGCGGCGCGACUUCAUCCGCCUGCAGCAGGAGAACAAGGAGCGGUCAGAGGCGCUCCGCCACCAGCAACUCCUCCAGGAGCAGCAGCUCCGUGAGCAGGAGGAGUACAAGCGCCAACUACUGGCUGAAAGACAGAAACGCAUCGAACAACAGAAGGAGCAGAGACGGCGGCUAGAAGAGCAACAGAGACGGGAGCGGGAGAUGAGGAGGCAACAGGAGCGUGAGCAGCGCCGGCGGGAGCAGGAGGAAAAGAGGCGAAUGGAGGAGAUGGAUCGCCGGCGUAAAGAGGAGGAAGAGCGCCGGCGAGCCGAGGAGGAGAAGAGGAGGAACGACCGCGAACAGGAGUACAUCCGGCGUCAGCUGGAGGAGGAGCAGCGGCACCUGGAGAAACUGCAGGAGCAGCUGCUCCGAGAACAGGCCAUGCUGCUGGAGUUCAAGUGGCGCGAGCUGGAGGAGCAGCGCAAGGCAGAGCGCCUCCAUAAGCGCUUGCAGCAGGAGCAGGCCUACCUGCUGUCGCUGCAGCAUGAAUCCAAACCGCAGCCUGGCGACAAGACAAAUCCCCCACUAGACCGUAGCAAACCCCCGCAGACCUCCACACUGCCCCCCGACGGAGCCCACACCCCGUCCCCUAAAGCCGAGGGCCUUGACGGCGCUGCUUCCGAGUCCGCUAAAGCCCCUCUGGUUGUCCCCGGAGAUGACGCUAAGUCCCAGCUAGCAGAGCAAGACGGGAGUGAUGAGAGCAGCCCCCCUGUUACUGAAACCCCCACUGACUCUAAAGCCCCCCAGGCAGAAAGUUUGGAGGCUGCCGCUCAUCCCCCUCAGCCAAUCAGAGAGGCUGACGAGCGUUUCCGUAAAAACAUUCAGGGCUCCCCUCAGUCCGCCCCUCCUUCCAAGCAGCCCCCUCUGCCUCCCCGCUCCUCUGAACCUUACUCCAACGGCGGCUCGGCUUCGGAGGCCUCCGCCAUGCACCGACCCAUGGAGCCUCAGGUCCAGUGGUCCCACCUGGCUGCUCUAAAGAGCAGCAACAGUGCGGCCCCCUCUCCUCCUCCGCCGGUGGUCUCUCGCUCCCAGUCCUUCAGCGAGUCUGGCGGCGUGAGCUCUAGCUUUGCACAGCUUCACCUGCGCUCCCAGGACCCACACCAUCACCACCACCCAUUGCCUGUACGCCCUGACCCCCAACCCCAACCUCCCCUCCACCACCCCCAGGCCCAGACCCGGCUCGAACGCCAGACCAGCGGCGAGGAGGUUCCUCCCAAGGUACCAGUGAGGACAACAUCCAGGUCUCCUGUGUUGUCUCGCAGAGAGUCCCCGCUGCCGUCUCAGCCCAACCAGAGGAGCGUUGGCAGUAAUGUGGAGCAGCGCCCCCUGUGGGACAGAGUGGAGAAGCUGCAGUCUCGGCCCGGCAGCGGCAGCUCCUCGGGCUCCAACGCCAGCUCCCAGGCCAGUCCGGGUGACCGCUUCAGGCCACGUUGUGAGUCGCCUGCUUCGUCUAAAUCUGAAGGCUCGCCUCUGCAGCGUCCGGAAAACAUCCCAAAAAAACAAGAAGAGAAGAACUCCUCCAGGCCCACUCGACCAGCUGGUGACAUGGACCUGACCGCUCUGGCCAAGGAGCUGCGUGCGGUGGACGACGUGCGGCCUCCUCACAAGGUGACCGACUACUCCUCAUCGAGCGACGACUCCGGCACCACGGACGAGGAGGACGAGGAGGAGGUGGACCAGGAGGCCGGAGAGGAGUCCACCUCAGGAGCCGAGGACUCCAGGACGGGGAGGCUGAGCAACGGAGAGACAGAUUCAGCUAAGACCAUGCUGGUGGAAGACCUGGAGAGCGAACAAGCCACCACCCCCUCCAAAGACGGCACCCUGGUCAUCAGACAGAGCACAGCUGACACAAAGCGGUUGGUCAGUCUCUCAUCUUCCUCCUCUUCCUCGCCCGGCUCUGGCCCCAGUCAGGGCUUCCCGGAGAAAAACGGCUUCCCGGGCCGCAUUCACCACCUGCCCGACCUUAUCCAGCAGAGCCAUCACUCCCCUUCCUCUUCUGCAGCCAUCCUUUCCUCCAUCUCCAUGUCCAUGUCUCCCUGCUCCUCGUCCUCCUCCUCUUCCUCCUUCCAGUCAUCCUCUAGCCAGGCCAGUCCUGGAAUGUGCUCACAGAUUCCCCUGGACGAGCUCACUGCCAUCGAGUCCCAGUCAGAGAACAACUCCAUGUCCAAACACAAGUCCUCUUCAUCGUUCACACCCUUCAUUGACCCUCGUCUUCUUCAGAUCUCUCCAUCCAGCGGCAGCUCCCUUAACAACAUGGCUGGAUUUGGUCAAGAAGGUCGGCUCGCUGACCCACUGAGGUCUGACCCGUCCCGUAAAGGAUCGGUGGUCAACGUCAACCCCGUCAACACGCGCCCACCGAGCGACACUCCAGAGAUCCGCAAGUACAAGAAGAGGUUCAACUCUGAGAUCCUGUGUGCAGCACUCUGGGGAGUGAACCUGCUGGUCGGGACAGAGAGCGGGCUGAUGCUCCUGGACCGAAGCGGUCAGGGGAAAGUCUACCCGCUGAUAAACCGGCGUCGCAUCCAACAGAUGGACGUCUUGGAGGGACUCAACGUUCUGGUCACCAUAUCGGGUAAAAAGAACAAGCUGCGAGUUUACUACCUGUCGUGGCUCAGGAACAAGAUUUUGCACAACGACCCUGAAGUGGAGAAGAAGCAGGGCUGGGUGAACGUGGGCGACCUCGAGGGCUGCGUCCACUACAAAGUCGUGAAAUACGAGAGGAUUAAGUUUUUGGUGUUGGCCUUGAAGAACUCUGUGGAAGUGUACGCCUGGGCUCCCAAACCCUACCAUAAAUUCAUGGCAUUCAAAUCUUUCGGAGACCUCGUGCACAAGCCUCUGCUGGUUGACUUGACCGUGGAGGAGGGCCAGAGGUUAAAGGUCAUCUACGGCUCCUGCUCAGGCUUCCAUGCCGUCGACGUGGAUUCCGGCGCCGUCUACGACAUCUACCUGCCCACACAUAUCCAGACCAACAUUCAGUGCCACGCCAUCAUCAUCCUCCCCAACACGGACGGCAUCGAGCUGCUGGUGUGCUACGAGGACGAGGGCGUCUACGUGAACACCUACGGGCGCAUAACCAAGGACGUGGUGCUGCAGUGGGGAGAAAUGCCGACGUCAGUGGCCUACAUUAGGUCAAACCAGAUAAUGGGCUGGGGGGAGAAGGCCAUCGAGAUCCGCUCAGUGGAGACGGGGCACCUGGACGGCGUCUUUAUGCACAAAAGAGCCCAGAGACUUAAAUUUCUUUGCGAGAGGAAUGACAAGGUCUUUUUCGCCUCUGUGCGUCAAGGCGGCGCCAGCCAGGUGUACUUUAUGACCCUGGGACGCUCCUCCCUUAUGAGCUGGUAGCCAACGAGGCGACGAGCCGACGACGGAGACGAGCCCGUCCUGAGCCUGACCUGGAGGAGCUCCCUGUCACACACUCAGGCAAAUCCCAACCGCAGUUUGGACUGUAAUCAUGAAAAUAAAGCGGGAGCGAAUGGAGGCGUGUUGGGGUUUGUCACCUUUAGGUCUAGUCGCCUCGCUGCCCUGCGCGCUUUCCUCCAACUCCACCGAGGGAACAAUGGUAAUCGAUUUCUUUUUGUGUCACAGUAAAACUCGUAUGUAAUUAGCAAAUUGUCCGGAGGGGUCGACAGAAGACAGCUCUUGCUGUUUGGGAAAACAAAACUUGAUGUGCCAGAACUUGUGUAGCUGUUGACCUCCCUGUCGAGCAUGUUUCUGAACAACUCCAGUCCUCCCCUCUGAUCGGUGCUUGACGUGCGAAUCUGCGUCUUCACUUUGUUCGCCUUAAAGUGAAAACUCCUAUAGGGACCUUUGAUUUAUCUGUUAAACACAGGGUACAGGAUCAGCAGCUUGUACAUACUAACUACAGACUCUCGCAGGUUUUCCAGUCACUUUUACCACUUUGCCUCAUUGUGCUGUAAGUUAUGUUUUGACAGUAUCCCUGUUGGUGACGUCAUGGCGCAAAAUUACACCCAAUUGUUUUUGUUUUUAAAUACACUGUAUAUUUUGGAUGUGACUUGCUGCAUAUAAAUAAACGGCAACAAAGCAGGACACAUCAGACGAGCUGUAAAGGAAAAAUCCACACUAUUUAUCCUCAAUCUGUAAUAUUUUUAGGGCUCUAACUUUCUCAUGAAGUGUUCGGUUUGACUGCUGUCGUCAGGUUUCGUCUUUUUUUUGUUUUUUUUUCUACUGGAAAUAUAAAAACACACAAAGUAAACACAUCCAGAAAUGUGACAUAUCCUGUUUGUUUUUAUUUUCUUUUUAUAUUAGUUCCAAGUAGGGCUAGGGUUAAACUGUGAAUUAGCAUGCAGGAUUAGCAGGAUGACGGGCUGGAAAAAGGGAAUAAGAAUCGACUCGUCGUCUCUCUGCACAAUCGGGGCGUUUACCUGUUUCAGGCUUCAUCUGUAGCUUUACGGUUGCCUUAGAAGGGUUCCCCGUCGAUUUUAAAAUUGGAGCUAAACCCUGAAGACAUUUGGAUGUUGUGUACUGCUGGAACUCCUAAAACCAGCCAUGUCACCCAAAUCUUGGACCUCUUUUUAAUGACACUUGGUUGUUUACAUAAUCAUGUCCAGAUCAAAAGGCAUCCAAACCAAAACAAAUGUUUUACUUGUCAUAUCUGAAGCCCAUUCUUCACUUCACUUCCCCUCCCUUUCCACAGUUCAAAUGCAUCUCUGCUUUCAUUCAUACAACACAACUUCCUAGCAGUCUUUGCUGUCAGACGGUGCCUUCAGGUGCGUCUGAGGGUGACGGGAUUAAUAUUAGGUGCUUUUUUUUGUAGUCUUGGGCUGAUGAAAUCACUCGUUCUCACAGCAGUGUUACAGAACCACUUCAGAUCAAUUUUUUUUAACGUAGUCUUUGUUUCUGACAUUUCUCUACAGAUAAGUAUGCGACUGCAGUGGUUUUUAAAUUGUAAUGCACACCUUAUGUUCGAAAUGUUUACAGAAGCAGAUGUUUUUCCUUUUGCUUUGCUUUUUUUUUUAAAACCAGUGUGUGUCAGUAUGAAUAUUUAUGGUUUAUUUUUAGGCUAGACUCCCCCCGUUUUGUAUUUUGUAACCCUUUUUGUAUUAUCAUUUAGACGUUUCUGUGCAGGGAUAAUCAACUUCUGCUCAAUAAGUCCACAGUGUCAUUUCACUUGAUUCCUCUGCAUCCUUCGCAGUGCACAGUAGGCCGCUGGCUGUGUGGCAGAAGAUGUUUUCCAAUACCCAGGUGACACGUUUUCCCUUAAACAUCACUCUGCCGUGCCUCUAAUUUAUGUCCUCUCUGUGUGUGCUAUGGGGAUUACUGUGUUUUACUGAAAGUCUUUUUUUCCUCCAUUGAAUAAAAUCAGAAGUGAUUUACA